AUGAAAAUAGCACUCUUGCUACAACGUUUUUUCAUCACCACACUAGUGGUAUUUCUGAUCAGUAUUAAUAUUUCUGGAGUAUAUGGCCAAUGUUCGGGGGAUCAAAAAUCCUUGUUGCUUAAACUCAAGAAUAGCCUUACCUUCGAUUCUUCUUUGUCAACCAAACUAGUCAGGUGGGAUCAAAACGCGGACUGUUGCCAGUGGCCAGGUGUAAGUUGUGAUCAGGAAGGUCAUGUGCUUGUUCUGGAAGUGGAUGACGAAACAAUUUCUUCUGGAUUUGAGAACUCAGCCAGUCUAUUUGAUCUUAAGUAUCUUGAAAAGCUGAAUUUGGCUUAUAAUUACUUGUACUCUAUUCAAAUACCAACAGAAAUUUAUAAGCUCACAAACUUGACGUACCUGAAUUUGUCAUAUGCUGGUUUUGUUGGGCAGAUUCCAAUGGAAUUGUCAAGAUUGACAAAGUUAGUGUUCCUUGACCUUUCUAGCAUCAAGUUAAAGCUUGACAGCCCAGAUCUGAAAACAUUGGUCGGAAACCUAUCAAAUCUUAGAGAACUUUAUCUUAACGGCGUGAACAUUUCAUUGAAGGGGAGUGAUUGGUGCUCGGCUUUAUCUUCAUCUCUCCCUCAGUUAACAGUGUUAAGCAUGAUAGGUUGUGACAUUUCAGGACCUCUUGAUCCCGCCCUUGUAAAUCUUCGUUUCCUUGAAAUCAUUCAUCUCGAUUAUAACAUGUUAUCCACUGUCGUUCCAGAAUUUCUAGCAAAUUUUACAAAAUUGACAACUCUCAGUCUUAGUAAGUGCAACUUGCGAGGUGUAUUUCCAAGUAAAAUCUUUCAAAUACCAACUUUACAGGAGCUUGAUUUAUAUGAUAAUGAAAACCUCACUGGCAUUUUACCUGAAUUUCCGAGGGAUGGUUUAUUAAGGGAUGUAGACCUUAGCUACACGAGUUUCACCGGUUCACUUCCAGAUUCAAUUUUUAACCUCACAACCUUGACCAGGAUUGACAUACGUGCAUGCAAUUUUAGUGGACAUAUUCCAUUAACAGUGGAAAAUCUCACAAACCUAUCUUAUUUAGACUUGUCAUUCAACAGUUUUACUGGUUUAAUCCCACUGUUUCAUAAGGCAAAGAAGCUAUAUUACAUUGACCUUUCUCAUAACAAUCUAACAGGUCCACUUUCUUUUGCUCAUUUUGAAGGCCUUUUAGACCUUGGUUAUCUAAAGUUAGAAAAGAAUUCCAUCAGUGGGACAGUACCAUCAUUUCUCCUUUCCCUCCCUUCAUUGCAGGUACUUCAACUUCAGAAUAAUCACUUCAGUGGAGAACUCCAUGAAUUUGUGAAUGCAUCCUCUUCUAUUCUGGAAACACUUGAUUUGAGCAAUAACCAUCUAAAUGGAUCGAUCCCUCGGUCUAUCUUCAAACUCAAAAGGCUUUCAGAACUAAUACUUUUGUCCAACUCGUUUGGCGGGAGCAUUAGUAUCGAAAUGAUCAAGGGGCUUCCUAGAUUAACCGUGCUUGAUCUUUCUUACAACAACUUGAGAAUUGAUGUACAAGACAGUAAUUCGACAUCCUUUCCCUUUCCCCAAUUGAGAGUACUUAGAUUGGCCUUUUGCAAGUUGCAGAAGUUUCCGGAUCUUAAAAACCAGUCGAGGAUGUCAGAAUUAGACCUUUCAGUCAACAACAUUCAAGGGGAAAUACCAAGGUGGAUUUGGAGAGUAGGAAAUGAAGAUCUGUUUCAUUUGAAUCUUUCUUACAAUCUCUUGGAUUCUCUUGAAAAACCUUACCCCAUAUCUACCACUCUUAAGAUCAUUGACUUGCAUUCCAACAGAAUCAAAGGAGAUCCCCCCGUCCUCUCUACUUCUCUUGUCUACUUUUCACUUGCCAAUAAUAGAUUUACCGGAUCAAUACCCUUUACCAUAUGCAAUCUUGAUCAGCUUUUAAUCCUCGAUAUGUCAAACAACGCCUUAAACAACAAAAUACCUCCAUGUCUAUUCCAAAAAGUUGACUAUUUCAAGGUACUGAAUCUAGGUAGAAACAAUCUAAGUGGAAGUAUUCCUGAUACAUUUCCAUUGAGUUGCAGUUUGCAAAUUUUAGACCUCAGCAGCAAUAAUUUAGAAGGAAAAGUUCCGAGAUCCUUGGAAAGAUGUGCAUUUUUGAAGGUUUUGGACGUUGGAAAGAACAAGAUUCGAGAUACAUUCCCAUGCAUGUUGUCGAAAUUACCCAGUUUGCAUGUCUUAGUUUUAAGGUCGAAUAAAUUCAAUGGGAAUCUCCAGUGUCCUAUAGCGAAUCAAACCUGGUCAAGGCUUCAAAUUGUAGAUAUUUCUUCCAAUAAUUUCAGGGGAGCUCUGAUACCACAAUACUUCUCGAACUGGGAAGGCAUGAUGCAGAGUAGCAAUCCAAAGCCCGAGCACGAGUACUUGAAUGUUGAACAUUUGAGCAUAUAUUAUCAAGCCAGAGUUACUUUAACUCUCAAAGGUUGGGAGAUGGAAAUUGUGAAUAUUCUUGAAGUUUUUACAUCCAUUGAUUUCUCUAACAAUAACCUUCAAGGAGAAAUACCAGAUGUAUUGGGUGAUCUCAAAUCGCUUUACCUUCUUAACUUAUCAUACAAUGCUUUGAUGGGAAGAAUACCAAAGGCCCUUGGAAAGUUGGCUCAACUUGGAUCCUUAGAUCUUUCAGUUAACCAGUUAAGUGGGAGAAUUCCAGAUGAGCUUGUAGGUCUCACAUUCCUUUCUUUCUUGAACCUAUCUUUUAAUCAACUUUCUGGUAGGAUUCCAAGAGGCAACCAACUUCAGACGUUCUCAGCAGAUUCCUUUGAAGGGAACACGGGGUUGUGUGAUUUUCCUUUAAAGAAAACAUGUAGUGACACCAAAGUGAAUGGAUUGUCACGACCUAGCAGCCAUUCUGAACAUGAAAUUGAUGAGAAGUACAUAAGUUUUGCCUUGGGAUCAUUUGCGUGUUUUGGCAUCGUAACCUGGCUUCUUUUGUAUAGCCAAAGAUACAAUGAGCUCGCAUCGUAA